UCUUCCCCUUCACUAACUUGGAAUGGUUUCAGCUCACCAACGUCCGCGCGUAGCCCAAGCCGCCGUCCCUCCGCGAGCCCAUCGGAUCGAUGUCGCUCUGAGCUCCGCUGUUCCCCUGUUACACCCGCAGGUAAGACUUCACGCUCCCGUUUCAGCCGCAGAGCGACCAUUUACAAAAACACUGGACUACGGAAGAGCGGCUUGCUGCUGCUGCGUUAUCGAGUAGCACGCCUCUCCGGAUAGGAGCUCUUCCAUGCAUCAUCACCACCAACACCACCAUCAUCCUAAAAAUAUGCAGGAGCAAACACAGGUGACUGCAUUUCGGUCUCAGAAUAGGCUUUUUAUUUAUUCAUUUGAUUGUUUUUGUCACAGUUGAGAAAUGCCAAAGUACACCCCGGUGGGUGAAGUUCUGCUCCUCUAAAGGAUAGUCGAGUUGCAUUAAUCAUCGCGGCGUUUCCCGGCUCUGAUGAGGGAGAAACUCUCCAAUAGCUUUUCUGUUGCUGCUUUUGCCUUCUCCUCCUUAAAUAUAUUCAUGUAGGUUAAAUGAGUACCUGAUGAAAUAAAGCCCGGCUCCCCACCCCCGGUUUAGACGCUGAGGGGAAAUCCGAUAGCGGACUCAGACAGGAAGAGUGAGAAGCCCCGGCUUUGGGAAUUGCUCCGGCUCUACUCCUUUCUCUCCCCCGCUUUCCCCUGCUCUCUCCCGGCAGAGAUGAUCAGUAGCACCGCUCUUGAUGGCUUAAAGAUGCAGUGGACCCCAGAGCAUGCACAGUGGGCAGAGCAGCACUUCGACAUCUCCUCCACAACCCGCUCCCCAGCGCAUAAAGCCGAGGCAUAUCGUGGGCACCUGCAGAGGACCUACCAGUAUGCCUGGGCCAACGAUGACAUCUCUGCCCUGACUGCCUCCAACCUCCUGAAGAAAUAUGCUGAGAAGUAUUCUGGGAUUUUGGAGGGUCCCAGUGAGAGGGCACUCCUGUGCUCAUAUUCAGAGAGUGCCCCAGGACUCCUGAACGGGCGCAAAUCUGAAAGCGAAGUAUGGCAAGAGGGCAUCUACCCUAUGAACUGCACUGCAGAUGUGAUAUCUUCAAGCAAGGCUGUAGUGCCAGCCGCUUUGCCACCAGCGGACAGUGCAGCCAACAUUGGCAGCUCAUCAGUGGUGGCAAGCAGCCUGAGUGAACCCAGCUACUCCAGUAGCAGUUGUGGGAGCCACACACCUGCUGCCCUGCACUCGGGGAUCCCUUCUCAGGAGUUUGCAAGUGGCUACAAUGGCACUUAUCUGCAUUCCACCUAUAGUGGGGGGCAAAGCACCCCAGCCCUGCCCUCCCCACAUCCCUCCCCUUUGCACAGCAGCGGGCUCCUUCAGCCUCCUCCACCCCCUCCUCCUCCUCCUCCAACACUGGUGCCUAGCUAUAAUGCAGGUUCACCUAACCUCUCCAGUUAUAACUACCCUCCUACAGGGUAUCCCCCCCAGGCUUCUGUUGCUCCAGGCUACAGCCCUGGAGGAGCACCUGCUCCUUCAGCCUACUUGCCCUCAGGCAUUGCAGCUCCCACUCCACUACCCCCCUCUACCAUUCCCGGCUAUUCCUACCAGUCCCAUAGCCAUGCACCUAUUGCACCAACUCCUUUGAAUGGCAGCUCAGCCAACUCACUGAAAAGAAAAGCUUUUUACAUGACAGGACAAGGAGACAUGGACUCCAGUUAUGGAAAUUUCAGUUACAACCAACAGCGCUCAACUCAAAGCCCUAUGUACAGAAUGCCAGAUAGUAACCUUGCUGACUCAAGCAGAGGGAACGGAUUUGACAGAAGUGCUGACACCUCGUCUUUGCCAUUUAAGCCUACAAAACAGCCAAUGUCCUCAGAUCAACAGCGUAAAUUCAGCAGUCAGUCUGGCAGAGCCAUCACCCCUCCAUCUUACGGAGCAUCCAAAGGUUCUAUGGGGUCAGUGCGAUCGGGUGAGUCUUUCGGGAAAUUCAGUUCACCUGUUAUAAACGAGCACAAUGAGGAGCACAGGCAGCACUUGCCACAUUCCAUCGGCACAGUUCCCUCAAGUGGCCACCUGGCUGAGGAGCAGCUGAAAAAUAGUGACUCCAGCCUGGUGGAGAUGGUCACAACGGAGGUCCUCCAGCAGAUGCCCCCUAUAGACUGGAGUGACAUUGUAGGACUAGAGCUGGUCAAAUCCACUAUUAAAGAGGAGGUUUUGUGGCCCAUCCUGAGGCCUGAUAUGUUCAGUGGCCUGGCACCAUUACCACGGAGCAUCCUUUUCUUUGGACCUCAAGGCACUGGGCGGACAUUGCUGGCACGUUGUGUGGCCAGCCAGCUUGGUGCUGCAUUCCUCCAGCUCAGUGGAUCAGCACUGGUUAGUAAAUGGCUUGGCGAGGGGGAGAAAGUGGUGCAGGCCUCAUUUCUUGUAGCUCGUUGCCGGCAACCUUCAGUAAUAUUUGUUAGUGAUGUAGAUCUCUUGUUGUCACCACAGCUAAGUGAGGAAAGCCCAGUAAAUCGUAUCAAGAGUGAACUUCUCCUACAAUUGGAUGGAGUGCUCAGCUCAACAGAGGACCAUGUCUUGGUCAUCUGCUCCACUAGCAAGCCUGAGGAAAUAGAUGAAGCUCUGCGUAGGUACUUUGUUAAGAGGUUGCUCAUCCCACUCCCAGACACUUCGGCACGACACCAGCUCAUCAGUCAGGUGCUCUCGCAGCACAACUACUGCCUCAGUGACAAAGAGGUGGCGCUGCUUGUUCAGCGGACAGAGGGAUUCUCGGGGUUGGACCUGGUUCGACUUUGCCAGGAGGCCAUUGUUGGACCCUUGCACAGCAUGCCUGGCACAGAACUGUCUGGAAUCAUACCAGGGCAGAUGAGGCCACUAUCUUACCAGGACUUUGAAAAUGUCUUUUGCAAAAUCCAACCCAGCAUAUCACAGAAAGAACUGGACACUUAUACUGAGUGGAACAAAAUGUUUGGCUGUAGUCAGUGAAAUGAGGGUUUAAAGGGCCAUAAAGGGUGACUUCUACUCCUGUAAGGAGAGGAUACAAUUCAGAAUUCUUUGGGUGAAACACACAGUAUUAAAGGGGGGUAUUACUAAUGACCUUAAAUAACAUCUGUGAUGAAACUCUGAAAGGCCUGAAUAAUGGAUAGCUUUGCUUAAGUCCAUAUAAAGCCCUUUGCACAAAGUCUAACAGAAAGUGCACAAUUUGGCCGAACACCGCUAAACUUAAGUGUCACUUGCUGAAGUGCACUGUCACUAAAUUACCACAAAGACAAACUACAUUGUCUGUAUAUAUCAUUCUGCUGUUUUUGAGAUUUUGUUGCUAUUAAGUGCCUAAAGUGGUGCUUUAUGAUUUUGUAUGUUUUUGGUUGUUUUGCCUCACAAUUUACAUUGGUGGCAUGUGCUAAUAUAAAAAGCUUUAACCUGAGACUAAAAAAAAAAAAAAAAAAACAGAAAACAACCAUAUUCCUCAACUGAGUCUGAUCUGUAGGCCCUUUAUGGGCAUAAGAAUUUCUUGUGGCAUUUGUAAUCUGGGCCCUAAUUUAUGGACUUCGUUUGCCUCUUAAUUUUCUUCAAAAACUCAGGAAUGUGAUUGUGAUUUGUAUAGUACCUCAAACAAUUGUGUCAAAGCACUACAUAUUGGCUUUGGAUCUUGAUUUGCAUUAAGUUGAAAGUCUCACCUCAAAUGAUUAAAACAUGACAAGGAUAUGACUAUGAAUGUAACCAGAUAAACUCUGGACUGUUUGGGAAAAAUGUGUUUAUCUUUUUUCCUUUUUAUUAUUUUUUUAAUCAAGUAUUGAAGUUAAAAUUAAAUAUAAAUUUCCUUGUGAGUAGCUUAAAUCAGAGGGAUGAACGAUGAAGAAUUCUGAAUUGUGGCAGUUUUAAAAAACAGCACCCGUCCUCAUGCAUAGCACAGUGCUCGCUCUAUAGUGCAUAUGUAUCAAAGGUUAAUUCGAAGCCUUAGCUAAAAAUGAGACGUUGCAGGGGACCACACUAUUUACAUUUUGUGAAAUAGAUGUUCAUGUAUGUAAUCAAUGAAGAGAAAAGACAGAAUCAUUGCAGGUGAACCAAAACUUUUACAAAGACCACCACAUAUUAUAUUUAGGGAAUAAAACACUUUGGUUAUUUGUAAUUAUUGUUUUAACCCUGUUCUGCUGCUGUGUUUCAUUCAUGUAACAAUCCUGAAGGAUCAUGUGUAACCUGUGUUCUUUUCUACCUCAGUUCAUCACUGUUUUCUUUUGGAACAAAAAUUAAAGAGGCUAGCUUGCCGUUCAAAAAUCUGUAGGCUCAGUCAACAAGAAGAAAGCCUGCUUAUAGAAAUAGCUGCUCAAAAGAAUCAAAAAAUAUGACUGACACUGUCUGUGCAAUUUUCUUCUCACAGUACAUAGAGCAACCUUCCUCUAUACACAUGCUCCAUGGGUUUUGUGUUGCAGUCAGAGGGCAUGGUUCUCCAGUCACUGCGCUCCCCUUUUGGUUUUCCUGUUUCUACAGUUGGCAGCUUUUUUCUUUACUAACACUCAACGCUAGUCACAUGAUUGGCCAGUACCACUGGGGGCACUGGAGACAAGCUUGCACCUGUGUUUACAGCACAUGAGGAAAAGUCAAAGAAGGCCUUGUGUUGAAUGUAUGUUUGUGUUUGUUUGUUUGUUUACUCCCUCCCACCCCCACCCUUUUAUCCCGUGAGCAUUUCAUGUUUGCCAUUUUGUGAAGCACUAGUAAGUGGAGUGGCGCAGCGCUGCCAAUGUACAGCACUGAAGAAGAAUCCUGCAGAUGCUCAGAGGAUGGCUGUCCUGUUUCCUUUACCCCCUCAGCGUUUAUCCUGGGCCCUUACUGCAUGCAUCCACUACAUAAUGCUAUUGAGGAUGUCGAGCAUUCUCAAAUGUUGGCAUAGUCCCUCUUUACUUUAAUACUGCAGUAUUUUUUCUUGUCAAUGGUGCUUAAUGGCUGGAUCUAAUAUUUUUUCCACUACAUGUACAUCCAUGUGCAAACAGUCAUCCAUUUUAUGAUAGACAUCUUCUUAGUGUAUUUAGCAGCUGUAAAAUGUCAUUUAUUUGACCAUUCUCAAUAACGCGAUUAAGAGGAAACUUAAGUCAAGCAUAUUUGGUGUCUGUUCAGUAGAAAACCGUUUGGUGAAGUCCGGUCAUUAUAGUAAAUGUAAACAUCUAGUUGAUCAAAUGCACUUUUAAUUUAAAGUUUAUCAUUUGAAUGCAUCUUAUUUGCACCAAAGCAAAUAACCAAUUUACUUCAACAGAUGAUUCCAAAAUGAAGGCAAUGCACAACCUUUUGUAAAAAUUAUUUAUGGCACAUAAUAGCAGUUUGCCCUGCUCUGGUUCAGUGACGUAGAUUUCCACAUUAUCUCUAACAUGUAACAUCCAGAAUAGUAAAGUAUUGUGCGUACUUAAGCCAAAUUGCACUGAUGCCCAGAGCCACUCUUUCAUGUUGUGAAUAAUUCUUUUGUACCAUUAAUUACCGUUCUGCUGUAUGAAUAAAUCACCAGCAUUCACUUCCGCAACAUCGCUCGGAAAACUGGACAGAUCCUUCAUGAUGUAGAGGUUUUUGUGGAAGCCCCUGAUUACUGCUGAUUACAAAAGGAUUUAGUUUAAGACUACAUUAGUGGUAAAUUCAAUAGAAAGGUUUAAAGCACAUUUUCCUAAGUAUUAUUAUUAUUAUUAUACAAACCAAUCUCAAAAUCAUGUUGAUUUUGCUGUCUCUGUAAGUGUUUUUUCUCCUGCAUUCUUCUGCACUCUUCUAGUUGUUGCUGUCAUAUCAAUUUUCUAUUUCAGACAUUGUUCUCUAAAACCAUUUCUACCUCAUUGCUACAUACACACAUGUAGUACCUAUGUUCUGUCUUUUUUGAAUGUCAUGCAUUUGUAUAAAAGGCAAAAAAAAAAUUAAAAAAAGGAUAAAAAUAUAAAAGUGGAAAAAAAGCUUGUCCUUGAACUUGAGCAGUCUACCUCAGAAAGACUGUCCCUACACUGAGCAGUUUAGUAGUUGGGAAAAUGAUGAGACUCACUAGAGUGUUGAGGUAAGAAUAUUGCACACAGUCGUAACUUUGAAACACUUUGAAAUCUACUUACAAGAAAGGAAAAAAACACAAUGGGUAAAGGAUAUUGUGGGCUGUAUAGGUCUUCUUCAAGGUCUCUAAAUGCAGAUUCAGCUUUUGGAUUAUACUAAAAUCGCUUUACUCCUUUGUGAAAUGUAGUGUGCAUGUGAAUGUGUGUAUGUCUGUGUGUGCGUGUAUGUAUGUGCACUUAUUAAGUGUGUAAAGAGUGCAUUUUAUAUAUGGAAAUUCUAUAUGAAAUGUAAUUACAUUUCAUAUCUUGUAUUUGUACAUGAGCUACACUCGCACAUAUGUGUACUUAAUGUACAUUGUUAAUAUAACAUUUUGAAAAACACCACAUAAUGUUUCUAUGUGUGUGUAUGUACAGUAUUGCCAUAACUGCAGUCAACGUAAAUGUAUUUUCAU